CGCGGCCAGAGGAGGCGCGGUCUGGCGCUCCGGCCGUGCCCGGCGGGGCUCACGCGGCUGUCCCGCGCGCGGCAGGGCCCUGGUAGGCGACUCCCGGGGCCCAGCUGGCCCGGCCAUGCCGCUGGAGACCCAGGACGCGCUAUAUGUGGCGCUGGAACUCGCCAUCGCCGCGCUGUCGGUGGCGGGCAACGUGCUGGUGUGCGCGGCGGUGGGCACGUCUAGCUCGCUGCAGACUCCCACCAACUACUUUCUGGUGUCCCUGGCGGCAGCCGACGUGGCCGUGGGACUGUUCGCCAUCCCCUUUGCCAUCACCAUCAGCCUGGGCUUCUGCACUGACUUCCACAGCUGCCUCUUUCUCGCCUGCUUUGUGCUUGUGCUCACUCAAAGCUCUAUCUUCAGCCUCCUGGCCGUGGCCAUCGACAGGUAUCUGGCCAUCCACGUCCCGCUCAGGUAUAAGAGUUUGGUCACCGGGACCCGAGCAAGAGGAGUCAUCGCAGUGCUCUGGGUCCUUGCCUUUGGCAUUGGAUUGACUCCAUUCCUGGGGUGGAACAGUAAAGACAGUGCCACCAACAACUGCACGGAGUCCUGGGAUGGAACCAUGAAUGAGAGCUGCUGCCUUGUGAAGUGUCUCUUUGAAAAUGUGGUCCCCAUGAGCUACAUGGUGUACUUCAACUUCUUUGGAUGUGUCCUGCCCCCACUGCUCAUCAUGCUGGUGAUCUACAUCAAGAUCUUCAUGGUGGCCUGCAGGCAGCUGCAGCGCAUGGAGCUGAUGGACCACUCCAGGACUACCCUCCAGCGGGAGAUCCAUGCCGCCAAGUCCCUGGCUAUGAUUGUGGGGAUCUUUGCUCUGUGUUGGCUACCAGUACAUGUCAUCAACUGUUUCACUCUUUUUCAGCCAGCUCAGGCUAAGGACAAGCCCAAGUGGGCCAUGAACAUGGCCAUUCUCCUGUCACAUGCCAAUUCAGUGGUCAAUCCCAUGGUCUAUGCCUAUCGGAACCGAGACUUCCGCUAUACUUUUCACAAAAUCAUCUCCAGGUGAUAUAUACUUAUGGUACAUGAGCUAUGAAUGUGGCCUCUUGAACAAUGGGACACCCAACUUGGCAUCCAGUUCCCAAGAUGUUUAAGAAGUUAACAGAGUAAAAUGAAGGGAAGAAUGCGGAUAUGCCAGACUCCAUUAUCUUCUUUGCCAAGACUGAGAAAUAGUGACCUUCUCCCAAGAGGCGAUAAGGAGUGUGUGAAUAUGUCCUGCUCUUGCUUAAUGCUCUGGACUCCGAGGGAAUCAGAUUGAGAGGGACAGACAAAAGGCAUUCCUGCCCCUUGUGAAGGUUGAGUGUAGCACCAAGCUGUCUUACAGGUAGGAGGAAGCCACACCUCAUGGCUGGAGUUGGGGUUAUACAAGUUGCCAACAUACAAUUAGCUUCAAAUUUUAUUGGACCAUCUAUGUUCCCAGUGCCAACUUCCAGGACUGCCUUUCUAUCCUCCCCAAAGCUGUGACCUUUCAAAUAAAAAAGCAAGAAACCAAUGUAGUUCUAUAAAGGACAUUUUGGUAGGCUAAGCCUAAAAAAAUCUAUAAAUAAAUAAAUAAAUAAAAAUCACUGAAGUCAAGGAAAUAAAUUAUUUAUUUUAAUACAGUAAAACUGUCACUUUGUGGCUUGGCAUGUUGGCACAUACUGGUAAUCCCAGCUACUUGUGAGACUAAGGUAGUAUGAUUGCAAAUCCAUGGUCAUUCUGAGCAACUUUGCAAGAUCCUAUCUCAAAAAGGGCUGGGAGUGGAGUUCAGUGGUAAGCACCUCUGGGUUCAAUCUCCAGUACUGGAGGAAAAAAAUAAAUUCCCAUUUUGUGCAACUUUUAAACCAUUAAAUAAGGGCUAGCAAUUUAUCUCCUAACCUAACUGCGGUGGCAAGAGCCUUCCCCAUCCUUACCAGUAGGCUUUCACUCUUUCGCAGCACUGAGAAGGCAAAUGCAGGACACGAACAGUAAUGACAAGAAGCCAUACAUGUGUAUGUUUUGCCAGAACUUCCUAGUACCUAGGAAAAAAGGAUAGAUAGAUCAGCUCUCAGAAGGUGUGCUUCUGGGUGCCAUCUCUUUCCCUUUAACCAUUUAAUGAUUCAAAGUCUCUGCAAACUGCACUGGAAAGAAAUGCAGUACUAUUUUACAUAGAAGGGGAAACUCAACUUCUUUUCCUGGAGCAUGCAAACUGCUCCUUACCUCUCAGUUCUCACCCUUUAGGACAGUGGAACUGAAGAGUUUCAGGCUAGUUCAACCAUCCACACAAACCAUUUGUUCCUAUACUUAGUGAUUCAUAGGGCCUACUCCAUGUGCUGACUAUCAAGGUGUGAAGGGGAAAUCUCAUUUUAUUGUGGGGUUUCUUAACAUUUGGUAUUUCACAGCAUGUAUGUAAGUUUCUGAAGCUUCCACCACAUACCUGAAAAGAGUGAAAACAGGUACAGAGUGAGUGGUUGGGCAGGAAGCAAGAUAGGUUUCAGAAGAAAGUAGAAAUGGGCUUUUGAAAAACAUUUGAGGGUGGAGAGAAUAUAAAGAAUCCUGCAAAAGGGAUGACUCAGCUGCUCAGGAUGGAGGUCUCCGGAAAAGAGGCAAGCCCAGAUCUGCUCACUCUUUUAGCAGGAUGGAAGGAGGAUGUAGAUAUAUGUGGGGUUGUUAAGAGGCUCAGUCUAAGAACAGAAAGCUUUGGUGGCAGUCAAAAGAACACAAAGGACAGGUAAAGGGACAAUCUGAUCUGUUAGUGGUGUGACUGAACAAAUUUAGUGUUGUAUCCCCUCCCAUGCCCUGUAUUGGGGAUUGAAACAGGGCUAGCAGGUGCUCUAUCCCUGAGCUACAGCCUCAUUCCUGACUGGAAAAAUCUGUUGGAGGUCUUUUUUCCACCAAAUAGUCAAAACCUUUUUGUUAGUUUACUGUAGUUUGGAUCUUCAAAGGUAUUACAGGCUUGGUUGCUGGUCUGUGGCACUACUAGAAGGUGGCAAAAUCUUUAGGAAAUGGGCCUAGUUUGAGUAAGUUGGGUCACUGGGACUGUGCCCUUGAAGGGGAUAUUGGGACCCUAUACCCUUCUUCUCUCUGCUUUCUGAUUACUAUGAAGUUAACAGGCUUCAUCCACCACAUAUUCUUGCCAUGUAUAUAAUUUGCUGUCACAGGCCCAAAGCAACAGGACCAAGCAACCAUGGAUUGAAACCUCUGAAACUGAAACAAAAUAAACCUUUCCUCUUUUCAA